AUGAAAAUACAUAUAGAUAACCAAGUAAAUGGCGAUGAUAUAUCUGGAUCAGUCACAUGUGAUAAUAUCCUAAACUUCUUUGUUGAUGGUCAGCUUGAAGCAAGUUCAAACGAUUGGAAAGUCGGUUCUCCAGUUUCAUUUUCGGAUACAGCACAUGUUCUGGCAUUCGAUUGUCGGGAUGAAGGUGUGAUCGCAGGAAUUCGAGGUUCAUUUAGUAAUGGGGUGGUUACUGAUUCGUCAUGGAGAUGUUCAACUUCAGACGAUGAAGGCUGGAAAGAAUUAGGAUUUGAUGAUAGUAAUUGGCAGGACGCCACUAUACAGACACACAGCGACUGGGGAAACAAACCAACAUCUAUAGCCAGUGAAGCUAAAUGGAUUUGGACUGCUGGUGAUUUUACUGAUAGACAUGUCUUCUGCAGACGAAGAUUACACCCAGGUACAAGGUUAGAUCUGCGAUUAGACCAAAACGAUAAACCCAAACCAGGUGAAGAACCAGUCAAUAGAGUUGACGCAGCAGCGCUCAAACACGAUAUACUAUACAGAAAUAAAGACAUAACAUCCAGACACGAAGCAGACAAACAAAUGAUAAUCAAACUUGAAAACAUUCCAAAUCCAACUUUUAAAGAGAGAAUUCAAAGAGCAUUAAUCAUUAAACUCUUGAAAGCAAAGAUGAAAAUGGGUAUGGGAAUAGCAGAUGAAAUACACAAAAAAUUUAGAAACUUAACUGAUUAA